CACCCUCCACGAGUCAGACACACCCAGCGCGAGGCAUGCUAACACGAGCCCAUUUCUUCUUCCUCAUAACGGCGCUCUCCUUCUGCUGGUACCUUCGUGCCCGGCUACCUCAUCCCCAUCGUCUCCUGCCUCUCCUGGUCUGCUGGGUCUGGCCCUCCUCCAUCACCGCCCAGCAACUCGGCUCUGGUCUGAGGGGCAUGGGUCUGGGCGCCAUAACCCUCGACUGGGCCACCAUGUCGGCCUUCCUCGCCUCGCCCCUCGCCGCGCCCUGGUUCGCCAUCCUCAACGUCGGAAUCGGCUUCGCCCUUUUCGUCUACGUCCUCGUGCCCAUCUGCUACUGGGGCAACGUUUUCGCCGCCACCCGCUUCCCGUUCCUCUCCUCUGGAACCUACCAGUGGUCGGGGGAUCGAUACCCGGUGCAGGCGAUAAUCACGCCGGAUUUCCGGUUGAAUGAGACGAUGUACUCGGAGCAGAAUCUUUCGCCGUUCAUCUCGGUGUUCUUUGCGUUGUGCUACGGGCUGGGGUUUGCCGCGCUGACUGCGACGGUGGUGCAUGUGGCACUGUGGUAUGGCCCGGAGAUCUACCAACGGACGAUGAGUGCCGCCACGGAGGUGAAGCCAGACGUGCACACGCGGCUCAUGCAGCGCUACCCCAAGGUGCCCUGGUGGUGGUUCCUCAUCCUCCUCCUCGUCAACAUCGCUGUCUGCAUCGCUUUCCUCGAACUCAACACCUACUUCCAGCUGCCCUGGUGGGGCCUGCUGCUCUCUGCUGCCCUCUCCCUCUUCUUCACACUGCCCAUCGGCAUAGUCACCGCCACCACCAAUCAGCAGCCGGGGCUCAAUAUAAUAACGGAGAUGAUCUGGGGGUAUAUUCGCCCUGGGGAGCCGAUUGGCAACGUGUGUUUCAAGACAUAUGGGUACAUCAGCAUGACUCAAGCCAUUGCGUUUCUGCAAGACUUCAAGCUCGGGCAUUACAUGAAGAUCCCCCCAAGAGCUAUGUUUGUGGUGCAGGUAUUCGCCACUCUAUUAGCGGGCCUGGUCAAUCUCGGCACGUCCUGGUGGCUCUAUGACACUGUGGAGAAUGGGCUCAUCUGCAAGAUCAACGAUGAGAACUUCCCAGAAAAUUCCCCAUGGACGUGCCCCACAGCCAACGUCUUCUAUUCAGCGUCCAUCAUCUGGGGGCUCAUCGGCCCCGAGCGCAUGUUUGGCCCCUCGGCCUUCUACAACAACCUCAACUGGUGGUUCCUCGGAGGGGCGCUCGCUCCCAUCCCCUUCUGGGCCGCGCACAAGAUGUGGCCGCACCAGGUGGUAAGUUGGUUGAAACCCCUUCUGUUUCCCUCUCCUGGUGGGGUGCUGGCGUAA